ACUGCUAAUAAUGUGACAUAAAAGUUUUAGAUAUGUAGUAGUAAUUUUGAUUGAUAUGAAAGAGAGGGUUAAGAUGAAUUGCUACGUUGGGUAAAUCUUUAACCGUAGUUUGUAGCUGAUUUUCAUGGCCACGUAUAAACGACGCAGAUCACUGAACAAGAGAACCCUUUUUCUUCACCAAACCUCAGGAGAAUAUUUUACUUUUUUUUUUUUUUUUUUUUUUAUAUCCUGAACAAAAAUUGAAAACGAAAGUUGAAAAUAAAAUAAAAUUUUCCCCUUAGGGUUUGACUGUGUAAUUGCGAAAUCGCGUGUGGAAUAAUCGAUUCCGUCAACUUCGGUUUUCUGCGGUGAAAGAUCCUUCCUCAAUUGCACCGAAAGUCGCGGAUUCUAGAGAGAGAAAAAGUAGGUGUCAGUAUCAGCAGCUAGAGAGAGAAAAUUGGUGUUGUCAUCAUUUUUUGAACGUUGCGAUCGGAGGGAAAAUAAUGCGUUUUUCUUGAAUUUGAUAGGGAUUUUUUAAGUUUAUUGCAUUUUAGGGUGGUGGUUAAUUUUGUGUGACUGAAUGCAAUCUGGCGGCGCCGGCAGCGGUGGGCCCGGCCGGAAUCCGGCAGGGAGGGCAGCGUCGACGUCGUCAGCGUCGCCGUCUUCUUUGUCUUUGGCGGCCUCUCACAAUGGACUGGACUCAUUGCAGCAGCAGCAGCAGCAGAUGAUAGGUUCUUCUAGACAGUCAUUUCAACAGCAACUGCUUAGAAAACCUGAAGGGAGCGAAGCAGUGCUGCCAUAUCAAGCAGGGCUUCAAGGACUAUUUGGGAAUACAAAUUACUCAUCUCCUACUGCUAUGCAAUUGCCUCAGCAGUCUCGGAAAUUUAGUGAUUUAGCUCAGCAUGGACCCAACCAGGGUCAAGGCAUUGAGCAACAAAUGCUAAAUCCUGCCCAACAAGCUUACUAUCAAUAUGCUCUCCAGAGUUCUCAACAAAAGUCUGCUUUGGCAAUGCAGCAAUCUAAAAUGGAAAUGUCAGGCCCCACAUCUGUUAAGGAUCAAGAAAUGCGAAUGGGGAAUUUUAAAUUGCAGGACCUUAUGUCUAUGCAGGCAGGGAAUCAUGGCCAAGGAUCAUCUUCUAGGAAUUCAUCUGAACAUUUUUCUCUUGGUGAAAAGCGGAUAGAGCAAGGGCAACAGCUAGCUCCUGAUAAGAAAAAUGAAGCAAAGCAAUCAACUCAUGGACCAGCCAUUGGACACUUGAUGCCGGGGAAUAUUAUAAGGCCUGUGCAAGCACCAGCAGCUCAGCAUAGCAUCCCAAAUGCUAUGAACAACCAAAUUGCUAUGUCUUCUCAACUCCAAGCUAUGCAGGCAUGGGUGCAUGAACGGAACAUUGAUCUAUCACAACCUGCUAAUGCUAACUUAGUGGCUCAGUUCAUUCCCUUGAUGCAAUCAAGGAUGGUUCAACAACCAAAGGAAAACAAUACUAACAUUGGUGCUCAGUCAUCUUCUGUCCCCGUUUCAAACCAGCAGGUUACUUCUCCGGCAGUUGUAAGUGAGGGAUCUGCUCGUGCUAAUUCAUCUAGUGAUGUGUCUGAACAGGCAGUUUCUGCGAAAGCCAAGCAGUCCGUUCCACCCAUCCAUUUGGGCUUACCCAUCAGUACUGGUGUGGCUAGUAACUCCAGUGACAUGGCAGUGCAGCAAUUCAGUCUUCAUGGUAGAGAUGCUCAAGGAUCUUCAAAGCAGUCCGUUGUAGUUGGAAAUGGAAUGCCUUUUAUGAAUCCACAGCAGUCUUCUGCAAACAUGAAUUUAGGUGCAGAUAGUUCUUUGAUUGCAAAAGCUUCAUCAUCUGGAUCUGGUCCGGAACCUGCAAAAAUGCAGUAUAUCAGACAAUUAAACCAACAUGCUUCCCAGGUUGGAGGGCUAACAAAGGAAGGGGGCACCGGAAAUUACACCAAACCUCAAGGGGCACCGUCUCAGACGCCUCAAAAAGUAAAUGGUUUUACCAAGCAUCAGCUUCAUGUUCUUAAAGCACAGAUACUCGCAUUUAGGCGGCUGAAGAAAGGAGAAGGUACACUUCCCCAAGAACUUCUUCAGGCCAUUAUUCCACCACCUCUUGAUAUGCAAGUGCAGCAGCCAAUUCACUCUGCAGGAAGACUGAAUCAACACAAAUCUGUUGGAAAUACUGUGGCAGAACAACCAAGGCAGAAUGAAUCCAAUGCCAAGGAUUCACAACCUAUCACAUCUAUUGUUGGGAAUUCUUCAAAGCAGGAAACUCUUGUAAGAGAUCAGAAAUCCACUGGAGCAGCAGUUCAUAUGCAACCUACGCCUCCUGUGACAAAGGGCUCUGCUGGAAAGGAAGAGCAGCAAUCCGUUGGAUCCUCUGCUAAGUCAGACCAGGAAAGUGAACAUGGGAUUAACAGAGCUCCUAUUAGAAAUGAGUUGGCAUUAGAUAAGGGAAAGGCUGUUGCCUCCCAGGCUUCGGUAACUGACACUGCACAGAGUAAUAAACCUGCACAAUCAAGCACUGUUGCCCAGCCAAAGGAUUCAGGACCCACCAAAAAAUAUUAUGGGCCCUUAUUUGAUUUUCCUUUCUUCACUAGGAAACAAGAUUCCUUUGGGUCAUCAAUGAUGGCAAACAACAACAAUAAUUUGUCACUGGCAUAUGAUGUAAAAGAGCUUCUUUACGAGGAGGGCAUGGAAGUCUUUGCCAAGAGAAGGACGGAGAGUUUAAAGAAGAUUGAAGGAUUACUUGCGGUAAAUUUAGAAAGGAAAAGAAUUAGGCCAGAUCUUGUGUUGAGGUUGCAAAUUGAAGAGAAAAAACUCCGCCUUUUAGAUCUUCAGGCACGAUUAAGAGAUGAGAUUGAUCAACAGCAACAAGAGAUAAUGGCAAUGCCAGAUAGGCCAUAUCGCAAGUUUGUUAGGCUGUGUGAACGGCAGCGGGUAGAACUCGCUAGACAAGUGCAGGCAUCCCGGAAAGCUUUUAGGGAGAAGCAACUGAAAUCUAUAUUCCAGUGGCGCAAGAAGCUUCUUGAAGUUCACUGGGCCAUUCGUGACGCUCGUACUGCUCGCAACAGAGGGGUUGCCAAAUAUCAUGAGAAGAUGUUGAAAGAGUUCUCAAAACAUAAGGAUGAUGACAGGAAUAAGAGAAUGGAAGCCUUAAAAAACAACGAUGUUGACAGAUAUAGGGAGAUGUUGCUGGAACAACAGACUAGCCUUCCAGGUGAUGCUGCGGAGAGAUACAAUGUACUUUCAACUUUCUUAACCCAGACUGAAGAGUAUCUCCAAAAAUUAGGAAGUAAGAUAACUUCUGCCAAAACCCAACAGGAAGUGGAAGAGGUAGCAGAAGCUGCAGCAGCUGCCGCACGAUUACAGGGUCUUUCUGAAGAAGAAGUCAGAGCUGCAGCAGCUUGUGCUGGAGAGGAAGUGAUGAUUAGAAAUCGUUUUAUGGAGAUGAAUGCUCCAAAAGAUGGCUCGUCUUCUGUCAGCAAGUAUUACAACCUUGCUCAUGCUGUUAAUGAAAAAGUUUUUAGGCAACCAUCAAUGUUGCGGGCUGGAACACUGAGAGAGUAUCAGAUUGUUGGAUUGCAAUGGAUGCUUUCCUUGUAUAACAACAAAUUAAAUGGAAUUUUGGCUGAUGAGAUGGGUCUUGGCAAAACAGUCCAGGUUAUGGCGUUGAUUGCCUACUUAAUGGAAUUUAAAGGAAACUAUGGCCCACAUCUUAUAAUAGUUCCAAAUGCCGUUUUGGUUAACUGGAAGAGUGAAUUGCAUACAUGGUUACCAUCUGUGUCAUGCAUUUUUUAUGUUGGAACAAAGGAUCAUCGGUCAAAAUUAUUUUCUCAAGAGGUUAUGGCUAUGAAAUUUAAUGUCCUUGUGACUACUUAUGAGUUCAUCAUGUAUGACCGAGCAAAGCUUUCAAAAAUUGAUUGGAGGUAUAUCAUAAUUGAUGAAGCUCAGAGAAUGAAGGAUAGAGAGUCAGUUUUAGCUCGUGAUCUUGAUAGAUAUCGGUGUCACAGACGCCUGCUUCUGACAGGAACACCUUUACAGAAUGAUUUGAAGGAACUUUGGUCACUUUUAAAUCUACUUCUUCCCGAGGUUUUUGACAAUAAGAAAGCCUUCAAUGAUUGGUUCUCGAAACCAUUUCAAAAGGAAGAUCCCAACCAAAAUGGAGAGGAUGAUUGGCUUGAGACAGAGAAGAAAGUUAUCAUUAUCCAUCGGCUUCAUCAGAUUCUUGAGCCUUUCAUGCUCAGGCGUCGUGUUGAAGAGGUUGAAGGCUCGCUACCUCCAAAGGUAUCCAUAGUUUUACGAUGUAGAAUGUCAGCCUUCCAGAGUGCCAUUUAUGACUGGAUUAAAUCAACUGGAACCCUUCGUCUUAAUCCUGAGGAUGAGAAACGUCGGAUGGAGAAAAGUCCGCUCUACCAGGCAAAGCAGUAUAAAACUUUAAAUAACAGAUGCAUGGAGCUACGUAAAACUUGCAAUCAUCCAUUGCUAAACUACCCAUUCUUUAGUGACCUAUCUAAAGAUUUUAUGGUAAAAUGUUGUGGGAAAUUAUGGAUGCUGGAUAGGAUUCUCAUGAAACUUCAAAGAACUGGACAUCGAGUUCUGCUGUUCAGUACCAUGACAAAACUCCUAGACAUAUUGGAAGAGUACCUGCAAUGGCGAAGACUUGUAUACAGAAGAAUUGAUGGUACAACAGCUUUAGAAGAUCGUGAAUCAGCUAUCGUGGACUUCAAUAGCCCUAAUUCUGACUGUUUCAUCUUCUUGCUUAGUAUUCGGGCUGCUGGGAGAGGCCUUAACCUUCAGUCUGCUGAUACAGUUGUCAUUUAUGAUCCUGACCCGAACCCUAAAAAUGAGGAGCAGGCUGUGGCCAGAGCUCAUCGCAUUGGACAAAAAAGGGAAGUCAAAGUUAUCUACAUGGAAGCUGUUGUUGACAAAAUCUCUAGCCAUCAGAAGGAGGAUGAACUGAGAAAUAGAGGUACUAUUGAUAUGGAGGACGAGCUUGCAGGUAAGGAUCGUUAUGUAGGAUCCAUUGAGAGUCUCAUAAGGAGUAAUAUUCAACAAUAUAAGAUAGAUAUGGCUGAUGAGGUUAUUAAUGCUGGACGUUUUGAUCAAAGGACAACACAUGAAGAGAGACGUUUGACUUUGGAGACAUUAUUGCACGAUGAAGAAAGGUGUCAAGAAACUGUGCAUGAUGUUCCUUCACUGGAGGAGGUAAAUCGCAUGAUUGCUAGGAAUGAAGAAGAAGUUGAAUUGUUUGAUCAAAUGGAUGAAGAAGAGGAUUGGCUUGAGGAGAUGACUCAGUAUGAUCAGGUGCCUAAGUGGCUUCGAGCCAGUACAAGAGAAGUGAAUGCUGCUAUUGCUGCUUCGUCAAAAAGACCAUCAAAGAAGAACACUUUAUCGGGUGGUAAUGUUGGCUUGGAAUCCAGUGAAGUGGUUUCUGAAAGGAGAAGGGGGCGACCAAAUGGAAAAAAUCCUAAUUAUAAAGAGUUGGAAGAUGAAAUUGAAGAAUCUUCUGAAGAAAUCUCUGAAGACAGAAAUGAAGAUUCUGCACAUGAUGAAGGGGAGAUUGGAGAGUUUGAAGAUGAUGGGUAUAGUGGGGCUGAUGUAGCUCAACACAUGGAUAAAUAUAAGUCGGAAGAUGUUACUCCUUCUGAUGCUGAAUAUGAAUUUCCUCAGUCUUUAGGAGGUGCUGGAAGUAAUCAUGUGGUUGAAGAAGGUGGAUCUUCAGCAUCAUCUGCAGACGGUCAAAGAUUGACACAAACAGUGUCGCCAUCGGUUUCUUCUCGGAAAUUUGGUUCCCUGUCUGCACUGGAUGCCAAGCCAAGAUCGGUCUCAAAAAGGACGGCAGAUGAGUUAGAGGAAGGGGAAAUUGCAGUAUCUGGUGAAUCUCACAUGCAUCACCAACAGUCAGGAAGUUGGAUUCAUGAUCGUGAUGAAGGUGAGGAAGAACAAGUUUUGCAGAAACCCAAGAUUAAACGUAAACGUAGUCUUCGUGUUCGGCCUCGUCAUACCAUGGAAAGGCCUGAGGAUAAGUCUGGCCGUGAGAUGGUAUCUCUUCAACGUGGAGAAUCAUCUCUUUUACGACGCAAUAAAUAUCCAUUGCAAACAAGGAUGGAUCCAGAAUCAAAACCAUUUGGAGAUUCCAGUUCCAGCAAGCAUGAUGCGAAUGAAUCAAUAUUAAAAAACAAGCGAAAGUUACCUUCAAGAAAAGUAGCUAAUGCAUCCAAAUUACAUGUCCCACCUAAGUUCAGUCGUUUGAAUUACACAUCCGCUCCUUCGGAAGAUAAUGUUGAGCACUCUAGAGAAAGUUGGAAGGGGAAGCCUAACAAUUUAUGUGGAUCUUCAGCUCAUGGCACUAAAAUGACUGAAAUUAUCAAGAGAGGGUGCAAAAAUGUAAUUAGCAGGCUCCAAAGGAGAAUAGACAAGGAAGGCCAACAAAUUGUACCUUUGCUGACAGAUUUAUGGAAGAGGAUUGAGAAUUCUGGGUUUGCAGGUGGUACUGGGAACAAUCUCUUGGAUUUAAGAAAGAUUGACCAGCGAAUUGAUAGAUUGGACUACAGCGGAGUAAUGGAGCUUGUUUUUGAUGUGCAAUUCAUGUUGAAGAAUGCAAUGCAUUUCUAUGGGUACUCAUACGAGGUAAGAUCUGAAGCAAGGAAGGUUCAUGAUCUCUUCUUUGACAUCUUGAAAAUUGCAUUUUCCGAUAUUGACUUCGGAGAAGCAAGAAGUGCACUUUCUUUUUCUAGUCAAAUUUCUGCCAGCACUGUAGCAUCCCCAAGGCAAGUGACUGUUGGUCCAAGCAAUAAGAGAAAGAGAGGGAAGACUGAUGAGGAGACUGAUCCAUUCCAUACACAAAAGCCGCUGCGGCGUGGAUCCACUUCCAAUGGCGAAAGUGGCAGGAUCAAAGUCCAAUUGCCACAGAAGGUAUCAAGAACUGGAAGUGGUAGUGGCAGUGCCAGGGAGCAACUUCAACAGGAUAGCCCUUCGCUGCUGGUUCACCCAGGUGAACUUGUUGUAUGCAAGAAGAAAAGGAAUGGGAGGGAAAAAUCAUCGGUGAAGCCAAGGAUUGGAUCAUCUGGUCCUAUUUCACCACCUAGCAUGGUUCCAGCUAUGAGAAGUCCAACUUCAGGGUCAGGUUCUUCUACCUCUAGGGCUGGCAAUGCACAGAGACCAAAUGGGUCUGGCUUGUCAUUUGGAUGGGCAAAACCCGUGAAACGGAUGAGAACAGAUUCUGGGAAGAGGAGACCGAGUCAAAUGUAGAUUUUUCAAGUGAUACAAAGGAUGGUAUAUAAUUGGAAACAUUGCUGUUAGUUUCAGGAAAGAAUUUUAGUUGCCCUUAUUAUCAUCCAUUGAUAGAGUUGUUCAGCAUAAACUGUUAAUAAUAUAGAUAGAGUUAGGUCGGUCCUUUGUAUUGUAGAGCUACCUUCAAUGGGGUUAUAUUACAGGUGAUUAAAUUUUUUGAUUGGGUAUAUGCUGCAUCUUGCAGGAACUGCUUUUACCUUAGAUAUAUCUGCUGAAUCUCUUGUGUACAGUAACUUGCUGGUUCAUAUUAGUCCAUUCAAGGACAAGGAUUAAUAAUUAGUUUCUAUAUAGUCCUGUUUUUCCCCCAUA